AUGAGCUCGGGCCCGGCUGCCACCGUCGACCCCUCUGGCGACCCCUCUGGCGACCUCCCUGUCGAUCAGCCCUUGCCUCCCUCGGACAAUUCACCGCAAUCCAUUCCGAAGACCGCAGCUGAUACAUCCAACGAUGACCGUCAGAAAGAGAACACAAGCCUCCGUCAGGAUUCCCCGGUAGUUACAGAAGGUACCGAUAAUAGCGCAAUCAAGCGUGAGGAAGUCGACGAUUUCGGUUUACCGAUACGAUCGCGGCUGAGGCCAGCUCGGCAGAGGACAGAAUCGCCUGUCGAUGACGCUCAAUUCCAUGAUGCUCAGGAAAGUGCCACCGGUACUAAUGAUGUUAGCGCAAUCGUCGAGUCAGAGACCCGUGGGAGUCUUGUGGUUGAAGAACCGCCUCAGACCAAGAAACUCACAGAGAAUAGUGCAGGGGAGGAGGCCGUGCAACGCCCUACAACGCCCAGACCGAGCGAGUUCCGGACCUCAACACAGUACGGAGUGAAAGCCUCCACAGUCGAGAAACAUGCGCCUCACAGCCCGUCCCCCAAUUCCGAACGAGACCCUCCUCCUGCGUAUACGGAAAAGCCAACCAAAGACAUCGACUCGCCUCGGGCCGCACACGUACCGCAAAAGGAUAUACCAAUGUCGGAAUGGUCACAUCAACGACUUCAUGAACACAAGGACAACAAGGAUGAUCACGAGCAAGAAGCAAGCGACGACGACGAUGGAGACUGGAAAGAGAUGCCCGCUAUCGAUGAGUUCGAUUUCUAUGAUGACUAUGGGCGAUUAGUUGCCCGCGGUGCGAAGCAGGAGGACAACGGAGCUGUUUAUGCGGGACUAGGAGGGGCUGGAAACGGGUACACCAGGGUCCAACUUGACGACGAUGCCGAAUCAGUCAACAGCUUGGAUGAAGACACGAGUUACCUUUUUAAGGAGUCACAUGCUACGGCUGCUGGCAUUGAGGGAGAGGAACUACGUGAUACAUUGAGCCAGCUGCAGGCUACGAAAGAUCUCUUGACUGAAAGCCAGAGGAUAGCCUAUGUCGGAGCAACGCGUCUGACCAUUUUCCAGAUGGUUCGGGAUAUGGAGAGAAUUCUGGCAAGUAAGUCGACUCGUAAGAGCAAGCAGAAGGCCAUCGAUUCAAUGCGAGGAUGGGGCCAAGCAAUGAUGGCUAGGUUGUACGCUCAUAUGGAAAUCAACACUGCGGAACAGGUGAUGAUUGAACAGCUUGCAGAACACGGCGUGCAGCCGGAAGACCUUGUCCGACCUCUUAUGGAGAACGCUCGCGUCAAGAACCCGAUGGCAGAGAAGGCUAACACACCGAAGAAGUCUACAUCCUCGAGAACUUCGAUCAAUCAAACGGACGGAGAUCGCAAUAGCUCUACAACUGAGGUUGACGACUUGUCCGAAGGUACAGCUCCUCCACCUUACGAGGUCAACCAGGAAGGAGACGUGCCGGACGUCCAUACUCCAUCAGAGCUACCAACGUCUGAGAAGAUCGAUAUCGAUAUUCGAUGGACGGUGCUUUGCGAUCUUUUUCUAGUCCUGAUCUCUGAUGCAAGCUAUGACUCGCGAUCGCGGACAUUGCUGGAAAGGGUAGGAGCUUCUAUGGAGGUUUCAUGGUUACAAAUCGCUAAAUUCGAGAAGCGCGUCAUUGAUGCGCUUGAGAUGCAAGAAGCUGCGGACAAGGAGACCUGGGACGAGUCCGAGCACAUGGAAAAGCGCCGCAAGUCGGCACUGAAAAGGAAGUACGUUAUUAUGGGCUUGGCCACUGUUGGCGGAGGCAUAGUUAUCGGGCUUUCAGCAGGCCUUUUGGCCCCCGUCAUCGGUGCUGGUCUCGCCGCGGGAUUCACCACCAUCGGAGUAGGUGGUACCAGUGCCUUUUUGGGUGGAGCCGGUGGUACAGCGCUUAUUGCAUCAGGAGCGACAUUGACCGGGAGUACAAUAGGGCUGAGAGCGUCCCACAGACGAACGGGGGCUGUUCAGACAUUCGAAUAUCGGCCGCUGCAUAACAACAAGAGGUUCAACCUGAUUGUUACUGUGUCUGGGUGGAUGACAGGAAACAUUGAUGACGUGCGGCUGCCUUAUAGCACCGUCGACCCUAUAAUGGGAGACAUCUAUUCGGUCUUGUGGGAGCCUGAGAUGCUGAAAAGCAUGGGUGAAACCAUCAAUAUCCUCGCGACAGAGGCUUUGACGCAAGGACUACAACAAGUGCUUGGGAGCACUAUCCUCACAGCUCUGAUGGCCUCGUUACAACUGCCUCUCGUCCUUACGAAGCUCUCCUACUUGAUCGAUAACCCAUGGAACGUUUCACUCGCACGUGCAACUGCUGCUGGGCUCAUCCUCGCUGAUUCACUGAUAGACAGAAACCUAGGCAAGCGGCCAGUAACACUGCUAGGAUAUUCCCUCGGUUCUAGAGUGAUCUUCUCCUGUCUCAAAGAGCUCGCAGACAAGGGUGCUUACGGGCUUGUUCAGAAUGUCUAUCUUUUUGGUUCCCCAUUAGUGGCGAAUAAAGACGAGUAUACCAAAGCACGAGGGGUAGUCUCAGGCCGGUUUGUCAAUGGGUACUCGUCCAACGACUGGAUCUUAGGGUACUUAUUCCGAGCCACUAGUGGUGGUAUCAUGAGAGUAGCUGGAUUGGCUCCCAUUGAAGGCAUUCCAGGUCUUGAAAACCUUGACUGCACCAAGCUUGUCAACGGUCACAUGGACUAUCGUGCGGCCAUACCUCGCCUUCUGAAGGCUGUUGACUGGGAAGUUUUGAGUGAGGAAUUUGCCGAAAUCGAGGAUCCGGACCCUGAGAAUCACGGCGAGCGGCAGAGGGAGCUUAUCCGUGAGAUUGACGAGGCCCGUCGAGAAGCAGAGACCAAGCCAGAUAAGAAGCGAUUUGGCCUAUUCAAACGCGGAAAACUCGCUCAAAAGAAGGCCUGGGAAAACUACGAAGUCAAUCAACCCGAAUCGCCGAAGACACCGACCGAUUCCAACGCAGCCGGAACCGUUUUAUUCGAUAUUGACGCCAUUCGGGCUGAAUUAGCUUCGGAGAUGAUUGAAGUCAAGCAGCUUGAGUCCACUCUACCGCCUAUGAAACUUGAUCUUAAUUCUCCACCCCUCGCAUCUCCUGCGACUCCGGCAUCUCUAGAGGAAAAGGAUUCCAAGGCGCGAUUGUCAGCUACGGAUUCCCCCCGACCACCCACAAUACCAUCACCUAGCAUUACUCCUGCACCGCGCACACGAUCUCCUCCGGAAGAAGAUGAGAUACAGAUGACCUUUGAAUCGUCCUAUCAUGAGCCGCCUCAGCGCUCUUUCUCUUCUUAUGAAACCCCGACAUACAGCACCAACGAUUCCUAUUCCUCUCGACCUGCCCUUCGUUCAUCCCUGACAACGCCGGGCGUCAUUGGUCUUGGUGCUGCUGGUACAAUUGGCGCCGGCGCAGUAGGCGCACUUGCUCUAGAAGAAAACGCCUGGGCGGAGCAAGGCGAAGACGAAAUUCAAAUGACCUUUGAGUGA